GUCCCGCCUUAUGAAUGCGGAAGUAGUACGAAUGCAGGUAGAUAAUAACGUAUGUUGCAACGCCGCUUUUCAGUUAACUAUAUUCGUUAAUGUUUGCAGUUUCUUGCCAUAAAUUGGACUUUGGAGUCCUGUUCUGUACAGUGAGAUUAAGCACAGAGUUGCGAUGGCAGGCAACGCAGUGGUGGUAAUGCGACUGCUGGCUUCAGCCUACUCUGUGGCUGAGAAAGCUGGAGCGAUUGUAAGAAGAGUGUUGCACAGUGGAGAACUGGGUAUAGUUGAGAAGACAGGGGCUGAUGACCUACAGACACUGGCUGACAGACUCGCUCAGAAGAGUAUAUGCGCCUCUCUCUCGAAGACCUUUCCUAAAAUCACCAUCAUUGGCGAGGAGGAUCUGCCAGUUGAGGCAGUGGAAGAGGGCCUGAUUGAGACCGGCCAGAAUGAAGGAAUAUUACAAAAGCCAUGUCCCGGUGAAUACAGCAAGUUAAAGGAGGAGGAGCUCGUUGUGUGGGUUGAUCCUCUAGAUGGCACCAAAGAAUACACGGAAGGGCUCCUGGAUCACGUCACUGUGCUGAUAGGCAUCGCUUAUAAAGGAAAAGCAAUCGCUGGUGUGAUCAAUCAGCCCUUCUACAACUACCAGGCCGGUGCGAGUGCAACUUUGGGCCGAACUAUCUGGGGAAUGCUGGGCUUGGGAGCCUUCGGGUUUCAGUUACAGGGAGUCCCAGAAGGGAAACGCAUCAUAACCACCACUCGCUCUCAUAGCAAUAAACUUGUUACUGAUGCUGUCCAGGCCAUGGAUCCUCAUGAUGUCAUCAGAGUGGGAGGGGCUGGAAAUAAGAUCAUUCAGCUGGUGGAGGGAAAAGCAUCUGCAUACGUGUUUGCCAGUCCGGGCUGUAAGAAGUGGGACACUUGUGCAACUGAAGCCAUUCUGCAUGCCGUUGGAGGAAAGCUGACAGACAUGCACAGGAACUCUUACCGGUACGAUGCCGACGUGAAGCACAUGAACUCUGCUGGUGUGCUAGCCACGCUGAGGGAUCAUCAGUUUUAUGCCAGCAGAGUUCCCCAGUCCGUCCUUAAAGCCCUGCAGUCUGACUAAACAGCCACAGCUUAAUGGACUUCAUUCCCUUCAAUUGAAAUCAUUAAAUCAGUGAUUAACUCUU